CUUUUUGAGCACUACUGUCUCUACUGCAGCCAAAAGUGGAGCCUAAUACCGAUAGGUCUGGUGCUCGGAUUCUAUGUGGACGUUGUCGUCAAGCGGUGGUGGAACCAGUUCCUUCACAUUCCCUGGCCCGACGAGAUUGCCAUGCUCCUAAGCACCUACGUCAUCGACGACUCGACUAGGACCAAGCGCAAACUCAAUACCGUCCUACGAUACAUAAAUUUGUCGUAUAUUCUAUCAAUGCGCAGGAUUUCUUCAAGGGUUAAGAAACGGUACCCGUUGGACCAAAAUUUGGGGGCAGAUGGUAUUGCCACACCAAACGAGCUCAAACGUCUUCAGUCAUCGGCACCGAAAAACAAGCAGUACUGGUAUGCAAUCCCGAUUUUUUGGGCCAGUCACUUGGUUUCGGAGCUUCGAAGCCUCGGGAUAAUCAUUAGUGACCACGGCGUGGAGGCUAUUCUCAAAAGGUUGCAGGUCUUCAGGUCAAGCCUUGCUCGCCUUAAUAUUUACAACAUGAUUAAUUUCCCACUUGGCUUUACUCAGGUGGCGACACUGACAACUUACAGCUACUACAUUUCUUCCAUUUUCGGCUGGCAAUUUCUUGACGUCAAGCAGAACUACGACCACCGCAAGGUGGACCUGUAUGUUCCGGUGAUAGGUAUUCUCCGACUUAUUUUCUAUUCGGGUUGGCUUAAGGUAGCUGAAGCACUUAUCAAUCCGUUCGGCGAAGACGUAGAUGAUUUUGAAAUCGACGAGUACAUUAAACGCAAUCUGCAGCUAUCCAGUUUCAUAAUUGAGAAGUUGCACGACGAAGCACCUCCACUGUGCGAUGGAGUGAUACUAGCGGAAGCUCCCGAGAUAAGGGUGGGAACGAGGAAUGAGAGGUUGCGUCAUUCAGUCUGCAUUCCAGUUGCCCAUCGCCUUUCUGCCAAGGGAGCUAAUUUAUUCUUCGGAACUUAUACUGAUAUUGUAAAGCAGAUCUAA